GGGGCGGAGAAGGUGCUGGAGCCCUAGGGGAGCAGAGACUGAGCUCGAGACCAAUCGUAGAAAGGGAGUUUGGUGCGCAGUAGGUGCCCUUGCUACGGAAGAAUCCCGAUUUUGUGUCGAGCGAGCGAGCAGAUUCGUCCGGUGUGUGGGAUCUUCCGCAGUCUACCCCCAGAAUCUGAUACAAGGGCAAUGUCAAAAGCGAAGGGCAUAGCGACAGGGGCGUUGAAGUUUUUCAAGAAGCCAUGGCAGAUCACUGGCCCAGCUUCCAGCCCGGAGUUUCUGGAAGCACUUCCAGAUGCUGCGGAUUACCGGAAGCAUGCACCUGCCACACAACCCAAGCGUGUAUUCGUCCCUCAAGCGGAGCCUGAGCAUGUUUUUGACAUCAAGUACUACACGAGAGAUCGGAGACGCACUCCUCCUACUACAACGAUGCUGGAGGUAUCCCCUUCGGAAAUUACACUCGAAGGUCUUCCUCCUGUGGCAGGCAAAUGGUACGAGGCGGGCAAGCUUCACCACUUUUCUGAUAACCCCGGCGAGGGAUAUCAAAAAUGAGAGAUGUCGGUAUUGGACAGAUGAAAUUCGCUCCUCGACUUGUGGUCACUGUCAGCAAACCGCCACGAGAUGUCGCUAGAGCUGAAGUUUGGAACUUGUAAAUGCUGGGAUUAAAAAUGUUACUACCUUCUUGGAG